AUGACUCCGGGCCUCGCGCUUAUCGAGGACAUUCAUGUAGUAUGUGGUUGUCUGAAAUUGUUUCUGCGAAAUCUGUCGGAACCUUUGGUUACCUUUGAACAGCGUCCUGUUUUGGCGGCUGCAAGUGAACGAAUGCAAGAUGACCCCAAAGGCGCCGUCCAACAGGUCGUGGAUGUAAUGGAUUGUUUACCCGCGUCCAAUCGUGAUACACUGUCUUAUGUUGUCCUGCAUCUCAAGUUGGUCGCGCGGACUCCUGCUUGUCAGAUGGGUGAAGACAACUUGGCGAAAGUUUUCGGGCCAACAUUGGUCGGUUACUCUUGUCCCGAACCACAGUUGAUGCAAACAGUAACAGAAACACGAACACAACAAGCGGUUGUGAAACUGCUAUUCAGCGUUCCCGAUCACAUAUACUCGUCUAUCUUGUCUAAUCCACCUCCGGAGGAUCCUUCAGGAAGCGAACAAGAACAAACUUAUUUCAGUCCAUUAUCUGUUCGAGUCGAUCAGGCAUCUGAUAGCGUCGAUAGUAUGCGGACACCGAUGCGUUCACGUCAGACGCCCCGUCGUUUGGCUGGUUUGGGGAUGUCGUCACGAAAGCGCUUUCUUCCUCACUUCCUAUCUGCCAACCGAAACGCUGCUGACUCGUGA